AUGUCUAUAAAAUAUAAAAUAAAUCCUUAAAAAAACAAAGCAAAAUCUUCUAAAUAAGACGAAUAUUAAGUUGAAGAAAUAAUAGAUUCUCGUAUAAAUCAAAAAACUAAAAAGAAAGAAUAUCUUAUCAAAUGGGAAAACUGGGAUAUUUAAGACGCUACCUGGGAACCAAUUGAAAACCUAGAAAAUGUUAAAGAAAUAAUCCAAAGAUACGAGAAAAAGCUUGGAAAAAAGGAAACUGAGAAAAAGCCAACCUAAACUCCCCAAAACUAGAUUAAAAAGCCUUCAAAUAAUUAAGAAGAUUCAGAUGUAUAGAUAGUAGAAUAAAAGAAAAGAGGUCCUAAAUCUAAUGCAAACACUGAAAACACCACUAAUAAGCCAAAAAUGAACAAAUACCACAACUCCAGUGAAGAAAGUCAAGAAGAAAACUCCUCAGAAAAUGACAAAAAUCAACUAAAUACUUCUAAAAAAUCAGAACAAGACGAAGAGUAUGUUUUUGAAGAAUUUCUAGAUAAAAAAUCAAAAAAUGGUUAAACAUAAUACUUAGUGAAAUUUUAAGGGAAAAGAAAUUUCGAAGAUUUAAAAGAACUUAUUUAGGGAGAUUUUAAAACUGAUAAUGUUGAAAAAAUCGAAACUGAAAGAGAAUUUGAUGCCAGGAAUUUACAUUCGGUUAGAUUUGAGGUCUUUUGGAAAACUAGAGGGGACGGAAUUACACCUAAAUCUUCCUUUUUUUCCUAUUCUUAUUUGAAGAAUUUCUAUCCAAUUGCUUUGGUUGAUUAUUUUGUUUAAUAAAAAAUAAACUGA